UUCUUUCUUGAUCAUCAUUUACAAGAAUUAAAUCUAGGUAACCAAAUUUAAAUCACCUGGAAUUCUGUUAUUAUUCGCUAGUCAUUGGCUUUUUAUACAUUUACUUCUUCAUGAAGCAGUAAAUUAACCAAGGUGCAAAGAAAUUAAACGUUUCACUUUUGGAUCUAUAUAUAUAUAUAUAUAUAUAUAUAUCAUCGUAACUAAAGAGGAGGAGAAAAAGAAGAAGAAGAAGAAGAAGCUAUGGUUGGACAGGUAAUGCUUUUUCAUAUUGUUUUGCUUUCAUGGCCGAUCAUUCAUACGGUAGCAUUAGGAGGAGCCAUAGCCAAGCCUGGUUGUCCUUCGGAUUGCGGAAACAACGUAAGCAUUCCCUUUCCUUUCGGGAUCGGAGCUGGCUGUUAUGUUGAUGAAUGGUUUGAAAUUGUCUGCAACAACUCCGCUAAUAGACCUUUCCUGAAACGAACCAACCUGGAGGUGCUCAACGUUUAUACCAGUGACUAUACUACGUCUUCAUCGGGACAAAUCUCAAGCAGCAAGCUCAAGGUCAGAUACCCAAUAAGUUUCCAGAAUUGCACAGGCAAAGAAAGCCAUAAACCUGAUUUAAACUUGACAGGAAGCCCCUUUAUGUUUUCGGUGACCGACAACAUAUUUACUGCCGUUAGUUGCGACGUUCGUGCCACUAUGUCUUCAUCGAAUGUGGAAGGAGCAGAAAUUUCAGCAGGGUGCAAAUCCAUCUGUUCAAAUUCAACAAAUAAUAAUAAUAGUAGCUGCAAUGGCCUGAAUUGCUGCCAAACCACCAUUCCUUCUUUUGUGGAAACCUUUACCACCACUUUCGAAACUACAGGCACAGAUAGAGAUAAAGCAUGCAAAUAUGCAUUCAUGGUGGACCAAAAUUGGUUUGGCUCGUCAAACACUAUGAAUUUUGUGGACAUUGGAGAUAUGGACGAUGUUCCUGUGACUCUUGAUUGGAGCCUACAUUAUUCGGAAAAUGAAAUUUUCGGAACAGAGUUUGCCGCUAAAAACUCAUUGACCUAUAGUUGCUAUGAAUCCAAUUCUACCUUUUCAUUUAUAAUUGGAAAAUUCCUUGUAUGUCAAUGCUUUCAUGGCUUUGAAGGAAACCCUUAUCUUCCUGGCGGAUGUCAAGAUAUCGAUGAAUGCAAAGAGCAUUCUGGAUUUUCGUGUGGAAGCGGUGCAACUUGUGUGAACACAAUUGGAUCGUUUCAGUGCCAAGGUCCAAAAGCCAAUAUGUUAGCCGUAGGUUUCGGCAGCGGUUUUGGAGCGCUGUUUCUACUUAUUGGUGCCUGGGGCUUAUACAAAUUCAUCAAGAAAAGGAAUGACACAAAACGCAAGCAAAACUUUUUCAAAAGAAAUGGUGGUUUACUCUUACAGCAACAAAUAUCUUCUGGGGAAGUCAAUGUUGAAGCAAAAACACCGUUGUUCGAUUCAAAAGAGUUAGAAAAAGCCACUGACCAUUUUAACGUAGACCGAAUUCUUGGUCAAGGAGGACAAGGCACCGUUUACAAAGGAAUGUUAACAGAUGGAAAAAUUGUUGCUGUGAAGAAAUCUCAAAAAGUUAAUGAAAGCAAAGUUUCGGAAUUCAUUAACGAAGUUGUCAUUCUUUCCCAAGUUAACCACAGGAAUGUGGUUAAACUACUAGGAUGUUGUUUGGAGACCGAAGUUCCUCUUCUCGUAUACGAAUUCAUACCAAAUGGUACACUUUACCAAUAUAUUCAUGAUCAAAGUGGGGAAUUUCCACUCACAUGGGAAACGCGUCUACGUAUUGCUACAGAAGCCGCAGGAGCUCUUUCCUACUUGCACUCUGCAGCUUCUUAUCCCAUUUUCCAUCGAGACGUAAAGUCCUCAAACAUACUCUUGGAUGACAAGUACAGAGCAAAACUAGCAGAUUUUGGAACUUCAAGAACAAUUAUCAUUGGCCAAACACAUCUUACUACAAUGGUACACGGGACUUUUGGUUAUUUGGACCCUGAGUAUUUUCAAUCAAGCAAGUUUACUGAGAAAAGCGAUGUUUAUAGCUUCGGUGUGGUUCUUGUUGAGCUUUUGACUGGCCAAAAACCAAUUUGUUCAUCAAGGAUAGAAGAAGGACAAGGUCUAGCAUCAUAUUUUAUAAUGUACAUGGAAGAGAAUCGUUUGUUUGAAAUCAUUGAUGAUCGAAUACUUCAGGAAGGAGGUAAUGAAAAGAUAAUCACGGCGAUUGCUAUUCUUGCGAAAAGAUGCUUGAAUUUGAAGGGAAAGUAUCGACCUACAAUGAAAGAAGUGACUAUGGAGUUGGAGGCCAUUUAUAAGUCGGCAAAAACUUCUUCUGUGCAUCAGAAUUUCAAUUAUGAUCAUCAAGAAGUUGAAUAUGUUAGUACUGGAGUAACCGAGCCCUGGGAUGCUUCUUUUUCAAUUGGUUCAAAUGUGCCAAGUUAUACUAAUUCAUCAUCAGAUGUUGUACCACUAAUGUCUUCCUAAUAAUUAAUUUGUUGUGAAUUAUGAACAAAAGACCUUUACUUUUGAAGGAUCUAAAUCCUCUAUUACAAUUUUUCCAUCCUCAUUCAU